AUGCCUGCCGGUGUUGUCGCAGCGAUCCUCACAGCCGCGGUCGUGCCAUCGGCGCUGGCGACAGCCGCUGCCGCCCAGCAGUGCGAGGAGGCGGACUGCGACAGCGCGAGCCUCGUGCAGUUCCGGGACACGCGCCAGGAGAGCAGCGUGAAGCCCCAGCCCUUCGUGUUCCAACCGGAUGGCCCUUGCUCUGGAGGAGGGGCUGCGUGCGAGGCUGCAGGCUGGGUCUAUUGCCAGGAUGCGGAGUGCUCGGAGCCAACAGUCGUGGACGGCGUGCUCGUCGCGAAGUGCUUGUGUUGGGCUCCGAAGAACACGAACACCAGUGCCAUGCCCGGCAGUGACAAUGCUGGGGCCUCGUGUGUGAUCAAUCAGCAGCGGGGAGGUACGCCGCUCCCAGCCGGUGGCACAGCCAUGUGCGACGCCAUCAAAGACGGGAAGUUGAUCUCCACGUGGGGCCCCAAGGGCUGGAAGCCGCCGCUCGUCACCUCCAAGUGCCCGGCUGGGACCCCCUUCGCAUGGUGUUGGGGCGCGCCGUGUACGAUGGAGGCCGGGGACAUCGUGUGCGACUGCCCGAUGGUGACUGUGAACAGCACCGAUACUCAGUACCUGAGCCUCUCCAUAAGGGCUUGUGCGGAUGAGGCUGACCCCUGCUCGGUGACCCACAACGGCGACCCAGCAGGGUCCGCAGUCGAGCUGCACCAGCACAUGGGGCAGUGCAGCGCCAAGCCAGACCCGCCGUGCCAAUGA